AUGGAUACCUUGUACUGGGAUACGUUUCUAUCGAACCCGAUCGACGAUGACGAGGCGCACGUUCACGGAAACCCAGAUGAGAACCUAGACACCUCAAGCAAUGAAUCAUCAAUCCCGUGCAGGAAUUGCCGACAUUUGGAUAGGCUGUGCAAACGAUGCCGACAAAAGCUCAAAAAAGCAUCACUCGAGCUCGCCUGCUCUCCGUCAAACUUUGGGAAGUCCACCGCUGUCCCGCUUCGGAGCCUCGCCAGGAUUACGGUGCCUAUCAGACAAAUGACACACUCUUACACAGCAACUUGCAAGGACUGGGCGGGGGGCCGUGAUGGGAUAACAGAGCCCUAUUCGGAGUCCUCGGGAGGUCCAGAUACGCCGGCGCAUAUAGAAUUAAAAGACACGUUAGAGCCAGCACCAGAAGACGAGAACGAGAACGAGCACGAGAACGAGGAAAAAGAAGUGGCCGAUGCUUUCCCAAUUUACCUCCCUGUGCUUGACCCACCUACACCGCGGUACAUGCCAGCCACCAUCCUUCGGCCACAACAACAGCCUUGUCUUCAUUUUGUAUCUGGACAAGGACAAUCUCGAGUAGUAUUCAGAAGACCCUAUACGCGGGGAACGGGGUCUGUCCUGGGGGUCUUUGCAACGCCCGAAGUCGGUGAGCCCGCCUGGCAUCGGAUCUGGAGCUGGUGGGCAGCGACAGAAUGGGACCGCUGGACAGAUACUUUCCGCUUCUGGAAGGCUAGGAACCAGUUAAAUGACGUUGACUAG